CACUGUGUGGGUAUAUAGGUUGAAUGAUCCACAACACAUCCUCAUAAGGCCAAAGGCAAAGAUUUGUCCUUCUGCUUGAUAUAAUGACUAAAUGAAACAUUAACUGGAGUGACUAAUUCACAUGUCUAUUUCCCCAAACUCCUGGAACAACACCAACGCCAUGGAAACAGAUUAUUCCAAAAGAGUCUACCAGGGUGUCAGAGUCAAACAUACUGUUAAAGAUCUCCUUGCAGAAAAACGAUCAAGGCAGACUAACGUUCCCCGGUUUAAUGCAGGGACCAAUCCCUCACAAGCAGCAUUUGUUCAGAUGCCAGGUUACUACAGCAUGCGGAGACCAUUCCUCCAAGACUCUGAGCUCUGCCAUCCCAUGAAGCAGUACUCCACAGACACAUACUCCUCUAGCCUUGGGGGCAAGGCUUUCUCUUAUGACCACCCCUCCAGCUACCCCUUCAUUGACAGCUACUACCCGAGCGACUCUUUUGGCGAUUACCGCACUGCUUCGACAUACAGCACAAGUGGAGGGUCUCUAUUCCCACCGUCAUCAUUACCACCUCUGUUGCCACCCAUGUCUGCAGAGUCAUCUACGUCGCACCUUCUUUUGCCUUGGCUGUGCCACACCCUACAGAGAGACGCAUGGGAUCAGCCAACUGAAGUCCCAGUGAGUCAGCCAGAUGUGUUGUGUCCCGAGGGGACCACUCCUGUGACCGGAUCUCCUUCCAUGGCUACCCAAGAUUCUGAGAGUGCCUCAACAUACCGCAUGCCCACUUCACGCACUGGUGGAUCAAUGUCGUCCAGCUCCCAGCCAUAUCCAGUGCAGCCACUGGAAGAGGUUCCCUAUCCUGCCACGUCAUACGCUCCUGUGUCCAACUUCUCCCUUACCCCGUACAUGACUGUUCCUGGAGACCUUGCUGUGGCAAAGAUGCCAACCAUGUCUUCAGAGGAAACUGGCGAUGGCUCAGUGGCCCAGAGUGACACAUCCACCUGGGCCAAGGAUGACGGCAAUGGUUCCUGGCUGUCUUAUGAGACUAGAAGGGCUUUUUGAUGGGUCCUCUUACGGAACUUAUUAGGCCUAGAGCAGCCCGAAGAAAUUUGACUCUGCACGAGAAUAUUUUUCAAAUGGAUUUUUUUCAUGACAUGCAUUAACAACAUGAAGGACACUAACGCUAUCUUAUUUUUUGUCUGUUUUUAUUAGUAUCAGUGUGGUUGUGUUGUGCUGUAGUAUACUAGCGAUACGAUACCUUAAUAAAACAAGCAAACCAGGG